GUAAGGUCGCGAGACUCGCCACUCCACCUCGCAGGAACAAACAAAACAACUCAUGACACUGACCGCACCCACCUCGCUCUUCCCGCACAAGCGCAACCCGCUCCACUACUACCAGAAGAAGGUCCUCGGUCGACGCUAUCCCAUCGCAGCGACAAAGGGAAAGCAGGCUGACAAGCUCGGCGAGACGAUCGACGACCUGGGACGAACCGCCUCUUCGUCCUCCGACGACGACAUCCACUCGCUGCCGCCAGAUGAGGAGCAGGAGGCGGCCCGCCUGGAGUGGCGCGCGUACCAUCUGCAGUCUGGCGAUAUCGACGAGGCGCUCGGCCUGAGCGUCACCGGCGAGGAGGAGGAGGAGGUCAAGGAAGCCGUCGCCAAGCUUGAGGCGGCGCGGCUCGAGUGGCGGGCGCACCACCUCGAGACUGGCGCGUACGGCGAGGCGCUCGAUCUGAGCCUUUCGGCCGAGGAGCGGGAGGAGGUUGAGCGAUCGAUGCCGCCGCAGCCCACCUCAAGCUUCCACGACUACCUCGCUGACCAGACCGCCUAUCUGGACAGAGGCUGGCGGAUGGACGCCGGCUCGCCCACCAAGGCGGAGGAGGACCUCGCGGCGAUCGGCGCCAAGAUCGAGCGCUCUGACGACCUCUACAUGAAGAACGAGUUUGUGCAGCUCCUCUACCCAGACCGCCCGACCUCGGGCCCGCUCCAGCUCCUCGAGCUCAAGGUGGACCGCUCCAAGCAGUGGCUGCCCUCGCCGCAGCUGCUCUUCAUGCAGGCGGUCGUCGGGCUCGGCCGGUGCGCCAACGUGGACACGACCUUCGAGUUCACCGAGGGCCGCGUGCGCGAGAAGAACAUCCUCAACCGCUGCGUGCCAAAGGCGAUGCCAGAGGCGCUGGACCACGUCGUCGGGGGCUUCGUCUCGCCGAGCCAGGCGGUCGAUGUUGCCGCCUCCAACGGCUUUCCAUGCGGCUUCUUUACCGGCCGCUGGCCGCUCCCCUGCCUGCCUCCCACCGGGCAGUACGGCUCGUUGACCAUCGAGUCGUGCGAGGACGGCAAGCUGAGCCUCGCGGGCUACACCAAGGCGCGCGGCCACUACAUUGCGGUGCUCGACAUCUCCGGGCUGGAGGGCAAUCGCCAGCGCCACACGGAGUGGUGAGCUUCUGACCGAUCAUGCCGGGGAACCGAGAAUGCCGCGAGACGCUCUGGGGGGAGCGGGUGUUCUCGGGGGGCCCAGGCAGUGAAAGUGAACCAGUGUGAAAUGUGUGUGGAGUGUGGUGGGUCGUUUGCGUGUGGGCGUGGCCCUCUCGAACUCGAGGUCCGCUCCGAGGCGUGCUGCGAGCGCCUGUGUGCUUUUGAGUCGGAUUUUGUCCAAUGCGCUGUGAAAACUGGACGCUCGUGUG